UACUUAUCUAUAAUAUUCUUUUAUACAAUAGUUUGUAAGAACGUAAAAUUAAGUCUUUCCAUAAACCUGUGAGUGAGAAGUCUCAAUAAAGGAAGAACCGUCCAUCACACUCUUUAAUUAUUCUAUAGACUUCAAUUCUUUUUCUUCGUUAUUCUAAGCUGCAUAAUUUUCUUCAUCAGAGGAAUGUUUGAAAAGAAGAAAGAAUUAAAUUUUCUCAAGCUGUUUGCUUUAACUAGAGGUAUUCGGUAUAAGUAAUUACAAAUAAUGAUGAACGAUAAGUAAACGUGUAUCUAUUUUAUGAGGCCUGAUACUGUAUAGCAAUGAUAAUAAUUCGCUUGCAAUCAUCGUUCCUGACAAUUGUGGCAUUAACAAAGUAAUUCAGUAGCAAUUGUCGGCUGACUCAGAUCCCUUCGCGAGGAGAUACGUACAGAGAAAUUGCCAUUGCAAGAAAAGCUCGAGGAUGGUAUCGAAACGUACGAGGUGCAAAUACAAUUUGUUAGAUCUUGCAUUAUAUCUCAAUGAAGCUACGGUAUAUUAAUUUAGCUGAUUCUAUCAGUUGUCUCGUAAUUAAAGUAUUCUGGAUUUUUCAUUAAAUGCCAGAAUGCUGUUCAAGAGAAUAUGCGGAAGAUAUUAAAAAAACAUGAGAGGCUGAGCUACUGUGUACAAGGAAAUAAAUCAACUGUCCAGUUACUCUUAUCUUCUGAUCAUCCAUCACGCACAAUAGUCAAUUUUGUAAAGUAAUAGUACUGGAUAUUGAAAUGUACAAAUUCCUUAUAGUUAACAAGUGAAUUAAAUCCAUUUCUUAAGUUCGUCAAAACUAGACUCCCGACUUAAAAAUAAUUAUAGGCAUAAUUACAGUUUUAUUGUAAUCCUCGUUAAUCGAAUAUAACAGUGACGUAACUCCAUAUAUUAUGUAGAAUAAAUAAGUCCAAAACCAGAGUCUACGAUAAUAAAUUCAGUACUUAUCUUUCAUCAAAUGAACUUACGUUACUAGGCAACCAAGGAGCUCGUAUGCAUCAACAAUACUCAGUUUGUUCAUCAUUUUAAUUAUGCAAGCUGAAGAAAUUCGGUUGGGAAAGGUUUUUAUUCUUAUUACAAUUGAACGUUAACAUCGUUCACUGUACCAGCGCGUAUAUUACGCACGAGUCCCCACCAGUUCAGUGAAUAAUUCCAGUUCCCUACCGGACUUUUGGUCGCAUCUGCAGCCAGUAUCGUUUUAAUUCACUCUACGUGGAGUUGCAUGUUACACGCUGACGCGAGACUUCAAAAUAUUGCGUAUUGUUCCUCGUUUAACUAUUCCGGCUUCCGAAUCUCGUUAAAAGAUAUCGACACCCAAGAAUUGAUAAAGUGAUCACUUUCAUUGCUUUGUUAUUUUUGAAUGAAUUCGUAGUUAAAGAAAAAUACAUCGAGCGUGAGUGAUUGGAUACACAUUUGAUAAAACCCAUGAAAAAUGUGCGAUAUUAAAUUUUCGACGAAACAGUCACAUUACGAGUUGGGAUAAUGUGUUUACUAAAUGAACAUUUAUCUCGUUUCUAACUGAGUGAUAAACCUAUGUAUGGGUGCUAUCUGUGACAUAAUAACUGUGUAUUAAUUUUGAUAAAUUGUGUAAAAGAAUUUGUGUGAAAAAAUCGACUUCUUACGAUGGAUAUCCGAUCACUUCUUCUGAUUUUCUUCAUUACGUUCUUCCACCACGCCAUCGAUGCUCAAAACUUGAAACUGUGCGUAGUGGAGAGCGUCCACACGUCGAAAAGAAUCCGUGCGCUCUGCCCGCAAUUGUUAAUCGCAGGGAAUCAAAUAGAUUGCGUUAUAGGAAACGAUAGGUUUGAUUGCCUGCGGCGAUUGACCAUGGCCAAAGCCGAUUUUACGGUGUUGGAGCCGGAGGACCUGGUCGCGGCUGCCGCGUACAACGAAUACAAUAUUCUAGUCACGAGCGAGCUAAGAUUAUUCGCAGAUGAGAAGCAACGAUACGAGAUGGUAUUCAUAGUUACGGAGGACGUGAGAAAUAUAUGGGAUAUUAAAGGGAAAAGGCUUUGCCAUCCUGGAUUGGAUACCACCGACGAUUGGACCAAUGCUUUCUCCACGUACUUCGAGAAAUGGAUAAUAGUGAGAGAGUGCGACCCAGAGAAAACGUUGUUGGGAAACCAAAUGACUGGAUUAUCAAAUUUCUUCGAGGCGGCGUGUAUAGCUGGACCUUGGUCCGCUGAUACUACGUUUGAUAGCAAACUAAAAUCGAAGUACAGGAAUCUUUGCGCGGCUUGCGAUAAUCCUGUCGGCUGUUAUUCGUCUGAUAAGUAUCACGGUCGAGAAGGUGCUCUUAUGUGUCUGACUGAUAACGCAGGUGACAUCGCCUGGGUCAGAUUAAACGAUACUUUGGAGCAUUUCAAGGAUGAACGAAUCAAUAAGGAAGAUUACAAGUACGUUUGCCCGGAUGGCACUACGAGGCCGGUGAAGCUCGAGAAACCGUGUGUAUGGAUCACAAAACCAUGGCCAGUGGUCAUCGCUAGAUCGGAGGUAGCAGGGGAAGUGGAGAAGGUGAUGAGUUCUACGCGUACGGCUAGUUCCGGUUGGAUGCUGCGGCAAUUGUUGGAGAACUAUCAUCCGACGCCGGUGAGCACAGAUACUCUCGAAACGCCGGCGGACUUUCUAUCAAGAUUUCCACGGUUCGUGAGCGCUAAUAGCCGCGCGACUUGUAACCCGUCGCGGAGAGUCAGAUGGUGCGUUUCGUCGAAUCUCGAGGAGAACAAGUGUCGAUGGCUGAGGGAGGCUUCGAUCGUCUACGGGGUAGAGCCGGCGAUUUCCUGUAAUCAGGAAUUGGGGAGGGUAGCCUGUUUGAAAGCUCUGAAAAGCGAGCGAGCCGACAUAUUUAUCGCAAAGCCGGACGAACUGCUCGAGGUCAAAAAAAUGGGCUUGAAAACGAUGGCACAAGUGGUGCCCAAGAGGAACAACGAAUUCAUUAGAAUCGCCGCGGUUGUAAAGCAAGAUUCAUGGUUCAAAAGCUUGAAAGAUCUGAAAGGAGCCAAGGCUUGCUUCACAGGAUUUAGAGACGUCGGAUGGAACGCUUUUGUCGCCGCUAUGAAAAAUAUCUCAGGUGCCGGGAAUUAUUGCUCGGAUACCCAAGCAGUUGCUAAUUUCUUUGCUGAGAGUUCUGUCUUCGGUUUAAACGAUAAAGACGGAGACAUGCCCAGUCAAUUACGAGCUUAUACUAAACAAGUAAAUGGAAGCGGAGGAAAAGAUCUGGCGGCUUUUGAUUGUAUGAUGUCUGGCGUUGGAGACGUGGCUUUUGUCGAUUUGAAAAGCAUCGACAGCAAAAUUGGUCAAAAUAGGGGCAGUCAAGCGAGGAACAGAAAGUACCGAACGUUAUGUUUUAGCGAAGUCGAUACAGAGGAAACGUGCUUGCUCACUUGGUCUCCAUUAGGCGCGGUGAUAACACACGAGAACAUGACAGACCUGAGGCGCGAAGAGAUUUAUUCAAUGCUGCUGGAAAUGGACAAGCUCUUUGGGAACUCUUUCAAAGGCGAAACCCCAGCGUUUUCUAUGUACGGAACAUACGAUGACUCGAAUCGCAGCGUUAUAUUUCCGGAGGAAGCGCAGCAUAUACAAAUGGAAGUUCAUCAGAUUCAACGUGUUUCCAAUUACCCGGAUAUCCUCAACGAGAUAAUGAAACAGGGUGACUGUAGCGACGCUGGAAAUUCCAACUUCUCUAACAGUACGAUUUUUAUAUAUAUUUUUAUCGUUAUCGUAAGCAAUCUGUUUGUUGCUUAAACAGACUUUGUCUAUCAUUCCGCCAGUGUAUAAAAUUUUGCACGUGAUACUUGUAAUAAUAAAAUUGAUUUAUUACAGAA